AUGGCUUCUCAGCUCCUUGUGGGUCUAUCGUUAGCAGCCGUCGGAGUCUCCGCGGUUGGACAAAUACUCGCACCCACCCAGGAUAUCAACUUUCCGGCGAGCGAAACGGCUACCGACCCGUUGAAAUGGCUGGGAGCUAACGGGCCAUGGUACGCUGGACCUGAUGUUCACGGAAUAUCCUCCGAUAUCCCGGAGAAUUGCUAUGUGGACCAAGCCGCCUAUGUCCUCCGACACGGCUCCAGAUAUCCGGAUUCGGGGGCAUAUGCUGGUUGGGUCUCUAUGCAGGAGCGCUUCUCUGCUGGAAAUAUCACAGCUACUGGCAGCCUGUCGUUUUUGCCGACAUGGCAGACAGUCUUGACAAACCCUGCGGUUCAAAUAGCCAUGUUGAACCCAACAGGCUCAAAGGAGGUCCACGACCUUGGGUAUCAGCUUCGCACCAGAUAUCCCGAUCUGUACCAGGAUGGAGAUGAGUUCGUCGUGUGGGCAAACAACUACACACGCGUUCUACAAACCGCGAAAACUUUCGUGCAGGGUUAUCUUGGCUUCAACGCUGCGGCCAAUGGCAGUGUCAUUUCGGUGACCAGCAAGGGAUUUUCUCAAGCCAUUGGUGACUCGCUCGCACCUUCGGAUAUGUGUCCCAACUUCGCCGAUGCUUCGGGAGGAACCAAUAAGACUACAUGGGACAAUCUCUACAUUCCCCCAAUCCAAGAGAGGUUGCAAACUCUCAUACGAGGCAAUCUCACCUUGACCGCCAGCGAUAUAGACCAGAUUCCGUACCUGUGCGGCUUCGAAUCACACAUCACUGGGAAGCUAUCUCCUUGGUGUGACGUCUUCACAGACGAGGAGCUCAAGCAGUACGAAUAUUCAAACGACCUUCGUUACUACUACGGAAUAGGGCCCGGGACAGAUUUGCCCAAGAAAAUGAUGACGCCGUUCUUGAAUGCGCUGGUUAGCCUUUUCGUGCAAGGACCUACCAUUACUGGUACUCAGACCGACGGCUCAAGCUUCCAGUUGCCCAAGCUUAUAAUGUCGUUCCUGAACGACGGGCAGCUUACCGAGCUAGUCACAGCAAGCGGAGUGUUCGACGAACAGGAGCCGCUCUCCGCAACUGAGAAGGACGACGACAGGUUAUGGAUUGGGUCGCACUACGUGAGCAUGAGAGGCACCAUCGCGUUCGAGCGGCUGAACUGUAUCGUCUCCGGGACUGGUGGGUCGGGCAACUAUUCUGUGUCGGCGCACUACCCGAACGCAACCGGUACUUCAACGUCGACCAAGGACUCCUGCAACAGAAAGACAACGUCGACGGCCUCGGGUUCUUUCUCCACUGUGACUGCGGCGGCCAGCUACCCAACAUUGCACCGGCGGCAGGAGACGACGAAUGCUACAUAUGUGCGUAUUCGUCUCAACGACGCGGUCUAUCCGGUGCCGUCGUGCAAGAACGGACCCGGAUCAUCUUGCCUGUUGAGUGACUAUGCCAAAUAUGUCGGGGAAAAGUACGCGGCGGAAGGUGAUUGGCUUGUCAACUGUAAUGUCACGGAUACAGCUGCGCCGACCAAGGUCAAGGGUGCCAGUUUCUUUACUGAUCUGAGCAGCCCCUGGUUAAAAAGAGUUGCACCUUAUUAG